GCCAUCAGAGAUGCCAAGGAGAAGCUUGACAAUGCAGGCGCUGAGGAUGAGGAUCGGAUCAAGAUGGUCGGUGACAUGCUGUCGGCGCUGGUCGAGAUGGAUGCCAAAAAAGACCUCUUGAAAGCAGCCAUCGACGUAGUCAAGAUGCAGCUAGGAAAUCUACAGGAUGGUCAGGAUCGGAUCAAGAUGGUCGGUGACAUGCUGUCGGCGCUGGUCGAGCUGGAUGCAAAGAGUGUGAUGAGUUCAGUUCUUCAGGAUGCGGAUGUCAUAUCGGUGUUGGAGCAGGCCUGCAACGCAACCAGGAGCGAU